CGUCCAAACAAAUGAUUCGCAAACGAAAGUGGCCACUGUGUGCAGUGCUUUGUGUGGCUGUGGUACUACUUGCCGCGGGCGCAAACGCAGCGUCAUCGUACAGGCGCGAUCGUCGAAAAGUGUGCAACUACUACGAGUGGAAGUGUGCGAGCGGCCAGUGCAUCGAGUCGCACCAGCAGUGCGAUGGCGUGAUCGACUGCAAGGACGGAUCGGACGAAACGUCCGCCAGCUGUGCGUUCAUCCGGUGCCCCAGCUACGCCUUCCGCUGCCAGUACGGGGCGUGCGUGGACGGCAAUGCCCUGUGCAAUGGGGUGCGGGAGUGUGCCGACCACUCGGACGAGCAUGCCCACUGUCCGGGCAACAGUGGCACCAUACUGGCGGCCCACGGGAACUGCUCCAAUACCGAGUUUUCCUGCCGCUCGAGCGAAUGCAUCCCGGCGGAUCAGGUGUGCGACGGGCAGGAGGACUGCCCGGACGGGACGGACGAAACGCAGCCGCUCUGCAGCCUCGUGUUCUGUCCCUCGUUUUCGUUCCGCUGCAGCUACGGGGCGUGCAUCGGCGGCUACUCCAAGUGUGACGGUGUGGUCGACUGUCGCGACGGGUCGGACGAGGAUGAGCUGCUGUGUGGGCGACCGUUCCCCUCGACAACGCCACGCCCCGUGACGACGGCGCCGACUUCCUCGACGACGACCACAUCGACCACAACGGUGGCGCCGGUGGUGAAGGUGACAGGACCGCCGGGAUCGUGCGUCGUGCCAAGCGCUCCCCCGAAUGGACGGUUCGUGCUGGACGAAACGGCCCAAACUGUGCCGAUACUGGCGGGAGAGUUUAUCGAAAACUACAACUCGGUGCAUGUGGUGUGCGGGGACAAGUACACGCUGAAGGGUGCGGCCACCAUCGUCUGUCUCGAUGGCGAGUGGCUGGAACCGUUCCCGGUGUGCGAGAAAUACUGUUCCGAAAUUCCCAUCAACGGCAUCACGAUCGAACCGUUCUGCGAGUACCAGCGGCGCCAGAUCACCUGCAAGCGGCCCCUGCCGCCGACGACGCGCGUCCGGAUCGGGUGCCGCGUCGGCUACCAGAAACCGCUCGAGCCCGUCAACGAAACGCUCAGCUGCGUGGACGGCUCGUGGGACGGUCCGGUGUUUCGCUGCGAGCCGGUCUGCGGCACACCGACGCCCGACGCGGAAGCGUACAUCAUCGGCGGCCGGAACGUGUCCAUCGCCGAGGUGCCGUGGCAUAUGGCGAUCUACAAAAACCUGCACGACGACACGCUGGACGAUCUGCGGUCGCCCGACUGGCAGUACGUGUGCGGCGGCUCCAUCCUGACCGAGCGGCUGGUCGUGACCGCCGCCCACUGCUUCUGGGCCACGGAAGGGUUCUUCGACAAGCGCUUCUUCCGGCUGGCGGCGGGCAAGUAUCGGCGCGACAUUGCCGCCAUCGAGGCGCUCCCGGCGCAGUACUUCCACAUCCACGAGAUACUGACGCAGCCCCAGUACCAGGACUUUUCCGGCUACUACAAUCUCGACAUUGCGAUCGUGGUGCUGAACGGGUUCAUCUCCUUCCGCACCUACAUCCGGCCGAUCUGUCUCGAGCGGAAUCUGCGCACGGAGAGCGAGAAGCGCAUCCGGCCGGCCAGCGUUGGGCGGGUGGCCGGUUGGGGGUUUACCACGUCCACCGGGAACCUGAGCAGCGUGCUGAAGGUGAUCGACAUCGCGACGGUGGACUACGUGACGUGCAGGGAGUUUUCGCCCGUCGCUUACCGGCCCUUUCUGACGGGGGAUAAGUUCUGUGCCGGCAGUCCCCGGACCGGGACGAGCGUGUGCCAGGGCGAUAGUGGCGGGGGGUUUGCGCUGGGUAAGGAGGAGCCGGGUGGGGGCGAUACGGUGUACUACCUGUACGGGCUGGUCAGCUCGGCGCCGCGGGCAGCGGACGGUGGGUGCGACAACAACAAGUACGUCGCGUUUACCGAGGUGCAAAACUACAUUCCAAUGAUACUGGACGCGGAAAGUCGGUAUCCCGUGAUAUAAUGGGGAGAGUGGGGGGGAGAAAGGGAGAGAAAGUGAUUAAAACCGCCCCCAAGGAGAAAAACUCA